GGCUGAGGGGAAGUGUCCCACGGGAGGUCGUCCAUGUUAGACCCUGAAGAGCGAGAUGGAGCGAAUCAGUGAGGUGGCAUCCGUGGGCAUUAUCCCUCUUCGGCAUGGCACGAUGGUCGCUGCGGGUCCGAGAUGAAAACCAUUAAUCUAUUAGUCUAUUGAUUGAGUUUGAUGUGCUUUCUUUGUUAUUUUGAUUUUGAUCCUUGUUCUUCUGGCGUUACUUUUAUUUUUGUUAUGUUUUAUUUUAUUUUUCCCUUCUAUCGUUGGCCCUGGCUACAAUUCCCGGGUGGUGCGAAACGCCGCCUACGUGCCCAUCUUUGUUCACGCCUGUUGCGGCAGCUGCAAACCAAGCUCAACAGGCACCAGGAGCUGCAGGUCGGUGGAUCGGAAUGCACAGCUGUCGUGGAGGCCAUCCGAGGAUGCGCCAACCGUGGGCAUUGGAAUAUGGUUCGAUGCCCCGCAAUACAGCCGUUCCCCAUCAAGCCCGACCGGGAUCCCUCCGAAGCCAUUGCACUACCUCGUAAGUCUACAGGCUCUGGCGAUUCUGACCGAGGGCCAAUGAGAUGCCAGUGGCCGGGAUCCGGGUCCUCCCAGCGUGCCAGAAUCUUAGAGCUGAGAGCCCGAGAUCAUCUAUAAAGCUAUCGACAGAUAAGGUUGACGUUGUCUAGCCUGGUCGUAUUCGAUUCUUCCUCACUGGUUCCCUCAACUCGGUGGCCAACGGCUCUUCACAUUAAGAUCGAACCAUGAUGCACUGCCCGCUCACUGUCUUG